AUGUACAAGCUUCUCACUGCUUCCCUUCUGGCCACUGUCGCUCUUGCGGCAAGCCACAACGGUCUCAUUGCCCGCCAGGUUUCCAGCUGUGAAUCGCACGCUGGCUAUAAGACUUGCAAGUCCUCUUGCAUUCCAGUCAGCUACAGCUGCUGCGCCAUUGGCGAAGGCGGCUGCGAGCCAGGCACCUACUGCACAGACGAUGGCUGCUGCCCCAUUGGGGAGAUCUGCGGUGGGCCUGGUGGUACCUUGACUGGGACCUUGACCGACACCAUCACCAACACCUUGACAAACACUGUUACCAAUACUCUGACAAACACCCACACCGAGACGGCAACGCCUACUAUCACUGAGGAAACCACUUCCACUUCCACUUCUACCUCUACCUCUACUUCCACCUCGACCUCGACCUCGACCUCUCGCCCUGUCAUCCCCACCCAGCCCACCGUCACCUCUCCCAGCUCCACUCCAAGCGGGACUCCUUCGCCCUCUGGCCCCGGAAAUGAGGGCUCCUCCACCGCCAGCCCUUCAUUCCCUCUAUUCACCGGCGGCGCGUCCAGCCUGAACGCCGGCCUGGGUGCUGUGGCCGGUCUGAUUGCAGGAGCUGCUCUCCUGUAA